CACAAAGAGGAAAAGAUGAGGAAAGGCCUGAAGAGAUCCUUGCUCGUGUUGAAUUGCGCACUGUUAGCCUUUGGAAAUGUUGGUGGCCCCCUUAUAAUGAAGCUCUACUUCUUGAAAAGUGAUAAGGGAGUUUGGACAUCAAGCUGUUUAGAAACUGCUGGCUGGCCAUUUAUGGUAAUGCCUCUCACAUUUUCAUACUUGUAUCGUCGAAGAAAGGAGGGCCCUGGGACCGAGCUUUUCUUCAUUAAACCUCCUUUGUUUCUGGCUAGUGCUGUUAUAGGCCUUCUUACUGGGGUGGAUGACUUUUUAUAUGCUUAUGGUGUUGCUCGCCUCCCUGUCUCUACCUCAGCUCUGAUAAUUUCAACCCAAUUGGCCUUCACCGUUGCGUUUGCCUUUCUAUUGGUCAAGCAGAAAUUCACAUCUUUUACCAUCAACUCAGUUUUUUUGUUGACUAUCGGAGCAGUGGUUCUUGCACUUCAUACAAGUUCGGAUCACCCAGCAAAUGAAUCCAACCGACAAUAUUGCUCGGGAUUUUUUAUGACACUUGCAGCUUCAGCGCUCUAUGGAUUUGUGUUACCGGCGAUUGAGUUAACAUACAAGAAAGCAAAGCAGACUAUUACUUACUCUUUGGUGAUAGAGACGCAAAUGGUUAUGUCAUUUUCAGCUACAGUUUUCUGCACCAUUGGGAUGCUUUUUCACAAAGAAGUUGAGGCAAUUCCAAGAGAGGCAAGUAAAUUUGAGCUAGGGCAAUCAACAUACUAUCUGGUAAUUCUGUUGAGUGCAAUUUUAUGGCAGUUCUUUUUCAUGGGAGCUGUCGGAGUAAUUUUCUCUGGCUCCUCACUGCUGUCUGGCAUAAUAAUUGCAGCUCUGCUUCCGGUGACAGAAUCUUUGGCUGUAUUGUUCUUCCAUGAAAAGUUCCAAGUUGAAAAAGCUAUAUCCGUUGUGUUAUCUCUUUUGGGAUCUCUGUCUUACUUCUAUGGUGAGCUCCAAAAAAACAAGAAAAAUAAAGCUUCAGACACAGCGAUGGCCUAGUAUGUACGUCAUUGCAUUCAAAUGAAAGUACUUGUCUGUAUCUUUGCUUGCAUAUUUCAAGCAUAGUUUAAGCUUCUGAACCACAACUCUAGAUGCUGUGGCUAUUAAAUCAUUAUCUUUGUAUAAUAUUAUAUAAAAUUUAUAUCUCAACAAUCAUACUGUUAUACGAUAAACAAUGAAUGAGAACUAUUAGAAUGAAUAGAACAAU